AUGCUCAACGCCUUCAGCGCCCACUCCAUCUUCGAGCUCCCGCCGAAGGACCGCACCCGGAUCGACUCGCUUCUUGCCUACGGCGACAAGCUGAUCCUGGGGCUAUCGACGGGGGCGCUACGAGUGUACCGGGUGAUCUCGCCCGACACGCCGGAGGUCUCACUGGAGCUGCUACGGACCGUCGAUAACUUCUCGCGGCGCAAGAUCGAGGUGCUAGCAUGCAUCAAGGAGGCGGCGAUCCUCGUGUCGCUCGCCGACACGAACGUGCACAUCCACGACCUGAACGACUUUACGCUCACGGAGACGCUGGCGAAGGCGCGCGGCGCGUCGACGCUCGCUAUCACGAGUAAUGUUGAGCGCGAUCCUGAUACGCAGAUCCCAAGUAUCGUCUCGAAACUCGCGAUUGGCGUUAGGAGGAAGCUCCUGAUGUAUUCGUGGGCUGAUGGCGGGUUUCAGGAGGGGAAGGAGGUCACGCUCGGAGGCAAUGUGCGCAGCUUGACGUGGGCGAGUGGUCAUAAGAUCGUCGUCGGGUUGACGAGUGGGUUCGUCAUUGUCGAUGUGGACACCGCAAACGUGGAGGAGAUUGUGCCUUCGGAUGCGACGAAUGGGGCGUCGAAAGCGGGCGAUGACAAGGCGGCCGCGGCAGGCUGGGCCAGCUAUGUGGGAAUGGGAGGAUGGGGUUCGAAAUCGCUUAGUACCCGAUUGGCCGGGGAGGAGCUGUUGCUGGUGAAAGACUCAUCUACGCUUUUCAUCGACACGGACGGCAAACCGCUCAAACGCCCGCCCAUACGAUGGUCGACGCCGCCAGACGCCAUCGCAUAUUCGUAUCCCUACCUAAUAUCCCUCAACGCGGCGAAGCACCAGAUUGGCGUCCGUAAUCCGGCAACUCGGACGUUGCUGCAGACGAUAAAUCUACCUACUGUCACGACGCUGCAUGUACCGCCGCCGAAUGUCGCUCUCCAGCACGCUGGCAAGCUGUUUUUCGUGGCUUCGCCUACACAGGUGUGGAGGAUGGAAUCGACGAAUUACGAAACACAGAUCGACAACCUGGUGGAGGCCGAGCAGUUGGACGAAGCAAUCCAGCUCAUCGAGACGUUGGAAAGCGUGCUGCUCAAGGAGAACAAGGACGAAAAGCUGCGGGAGGUGCAGAUGCUUAAGGCCGAGAAGCUGUUUCGACGGAAGAGAUACGAGGAGAGUAUGGCACUGUUUGGUACAUGCUCGGCGCCACCCGAAAGGGUUAUCAAGCUCUUUCCACCCGCUAUCGCGGGUGAACUCUCGAUCUGGCCCGAUCAGGAGGAGGGCGGAUCGGAUGGGGAGGAUCAUGGGGACGAAGAGGAGCAGCCCCCGGAAAAUGGAGAUGCCAACAAGAACGGUGAAACCGAUACCGCUCCGGAAGAUGGGGAUGCUCCCAAAAAAUACGGAGAAACCGCUUCCAUCUUUUCUUUCGGCAGCCGAAGAGUCGCCGCCGACGACGCCUCCAUCCUCGAUAGCGCUAGUCUCGCUGCUAAGAAGGAUGCUGAUGUUGAUGAGACACCGAAGCCACUUGAGGGUGACGAGUUGAAGAAGGCGGCCCAAGACUUGAUCGGCACCUUCCUCAACGAUGUGCGGAGAAAGUUGACCAAGUACUUCAAUUCGGAAGGUCAACCGCUUGAUCCGUUAGCCGUCUUGGCCCCUGGAUCUGCCCACGAAGCAUCGAAGAAGGAUCCUUUGGAGGCUACCUUCCUGGUACUGGAUGGCCACCCUGGUGAGGGUCAGGACCCGGCUCAGGCACGCAUCGAGAAACUUAUGGAGACUUGCCAAUUGGUCGACACCACUCUAUUCAGAGCGUACAUGCUCGUGCGGCCGGCAUUGAUCGGCUCGUUGGUCAGGAUCCAGAACCACUGCGACCCGGAUGUCGUGAGCGAAAAGCUGCGCGAGCAAGGGAAGUUCGAAGAGCUGGUCGACUUUCUGGAGCGGAAGAAGCUUCAUCGAGAUGCAUUGGAGUUGUUGAGGUUUUUUGGACAAGCAGAUGAGGAUAGUAAAGCGCCUAGUCUCCGUGGACCCCAAAGGACAGUCACCUAUCUCGAGAGACUGAAGGCGGAGCAUACCGACCUUAUUCUCGAGUUUGCGAUGUGGCCUCUGAAGGUCGAUCCGGUAUUGGGUAUGGAGAUCUUCGUGGGCGAUACCGGUAAUUCGGAAUCACUGCCGCGGGCUCGAGUGCUGGAUUACUUGGAGCAGCAGGAUCAAAGUUUCGCUAUCCAGUAUCUUGAGCACAUCAUCACCGAGUUACACGAUCAGACCCCGGAAUUCCACACACGACUCGCCGGGCUAUAUCUCACGGCGCUCGCCCGCGAUAUGACGAAAGAUGAGAAGGACAAGUGGCAUGCCCGAUUCCUUAUGUUCCUUGAGACGUCGGAUCAGUACCGUGCCGAGAAGGUUCUCGGUUCGUUGCCACGGGACGUUCCAGAAUACUACGAGUGCAGGGCUGUCGUGCUGUCGAAGAUGGGCCGUCACAAGUCCGCACUGGAGAUCUACGUCUUCAAGCUUCACGACCACGACAAGGCCGAGGCGUAUUGCAUGAGAGUGCACCAGAAUGCCAACAUUGCCCCGGCAGAGGUCGACCAGGUCUACCACAUUCUCAUCUCGCUUUACUUACGGCCUCCAGCGCCUUACAGUCAGCAAUUGGGCCCUGCCCUUGCGAUCCUCUCUCGUCACGGCGCUCGGCUGGAAGCGAGUGAGGCGUUGAAGCUCAUCCCGGAGAAUGUUAGGAUUCGCGAUCUGGAGACGUACUUCGAGAGCCGCAUCCGCGCUGCAAAUGCGAAGGUCACCGAGAACAGGAUCAUCGCCGCGCUCAGGAAGAGCCACCUCGUCGAUGUGCAGGAGCGGCUGUUGGGUUCGAGAAACAGCCAUGCCACUGUGGCUGAGGAGAGCGUGUGUCCUGUCUGCCAUAAGCGCUUGGGCCUGAGUGUUAUCUGGAGGUUGCCGAAUGGACAGGUGGUGCACUACGGAUGUGCGAAGAAGAGGGCGAGUUGA